AUGCCUCUCGACUACUUUGGCUACAUUGCCGAAGCCGGCCUCCCGACAUACGUGACGGAGAACUGGUGGUUCAUAAUCAAGACCGUCACGGCGGUAGCAGUCCUCGUCUUCGUCAAGCUCUGGAGCUCCGGUGCCUCCAACACGGCCGAGCGGGACAUGCACGGGAGGAUAGUCAUGAUAACGGGCGGGACGUCGGGCAUAGGAGCGGCGACGGUUCUGCAACUCGGCAGCCGCGGCGCGCAAAUCAUUCUACUCACGCACACGCCCGUGUCGGACCCCUUCCUGGUCGAGUACAUUGGCGACGUGCGCGCCCGGACCGGCAACGAGCUCAUCUACGCCGAGCACGUCGACCUCUCGUCCCUGCACAGCAUCCGAAAGUUUGCGACCAAAUGGAUCGACAACUCCCCGCCGCGCCGGCUCGAUAUGAUUAUCCUCGCCGCCGCCACAAUCACCCCGGCGUCGGCGAAGCGCAAGGAGACAGCCGAGGGCAUCGAGGAGACGUGGAUGGUCAACUACCUCGCCAACUUCCACCUUCUCUCCAUCCUCAGCCCCGCCAUCAAGGCCCAACCCUGGGACCGCGACGUGCGCAUCAUCUUCGCUUCGUGUUCCUCCUACAUCGGCUCCCCGUCGCUCAAGCUGCCCCUCGACAAGAAGACGUGGUCGCCCGGCACGGCCUACAAGCGAAGCAAGCUGGCGCUCAUGGUCUUUGGCCAGGCCUUCCAGAAGCACCUCGACAACUACAAGCGGCCCGACCAGCUGCCCAUGAACGCGCGUACCUUCUUCGUCGACCCGGGCUUCAGCCGCACGCCAGGCAUGCGGCGCUGGCUCUCGCGAGGUUCGCUUGUCGGCCUGUUUGCCUAUAUCACCGCCUAUCCGCUACCGUGGCUCUUCCUCAAGAGCCCCGAGCAGGGCGCGCAGGCGAUCCUUUUUGCGGCCAUGGAACCCAGUCUUGUGCGCGCUGGCGCCGGCAAGUUGAUCAAAGAGUGCCGGAUCGUGGACUUUGCGCGGACGGAGAUUGAGGACGACGAGGUGGCCAAGAAGCUGUGGGAGGACAGCGACAAGCUCAUUGAGACGACGGAGAAGGAUUCAGCUGCUCUCAGGGCGCUGGAGAAGAAGAUGCAAGAAGAAAAGGCCAAGGAGGCCAAGGAGGCGGAGAAGGUGAAGGAGGUGGAGUCUCUGGUCGAGGCUAUCAAGAAGGGCAAGGAGUCGCAAAAGGCAAAGGGGAAGAAGAAGUCCAAGAAGGAGACAUCAUAA